UCUAGUUCACUGACACUAAUAGAUGCCCAAUAAUUUUCAGUAAUAACUAAGCAUUGGGAGACCAUAGCAUCUGAAUAGCUUAAUAUAAAUAUUCUGAUUGUGAUGCAAGAGUGAUUAUGAAGCAUUUGAAGAGCCAAAUAUCUGAGGAUAAGAUGUAAGCAUUGUCGAUUAGUAAUAAUAACUUCCAAUCACAAUAAUAGAGAUUGCCUAUUAGUGAAAAACAUUCCAUUUGAAUUGCUCAUUGUACAUCAUCUUUGGUGUACAGAUUUUGACAACUUUCUACAGUAUUUUAUGCUACUCUUUAAGGCAGAUAAGCCUGUUUUUAAAGAUGUGCCAGAAGUGGCCAUUUAAUUUGAAAGCAUAAUGAAUUUCCUCUUUAGCUUCUAUCAGGGUUGUAUGGCUCUACCCCUUGAUCAGGUGACAGACGGGAAAGCAUCCCCUUAGUCAAAGCAGACUCUCCGAGCGUGAGGGAAUGGGCUGUUGGGUACUUCAGCAGAGCACUGUUCCUGCGUCCUAUGUCCAAACCGGAGCUGUGCUCUAUACUUGAAAACUUUGAGCGAAUAAACUGACAAGUCUCUAGAACCACAAGAUGGGAAGUAAAAUUAGUUCAGAGAGCAAGGAGUCAGCCAAAAGGUCAAAAGAACUGGAGAAAAAGCUUCAGGAGGAUGCUGAGCGAGAUGCAAGAACUGUAAAGUUGCUACUAUUAGGAGCAGGAGAAUCUGGAAAAAGUACUAUCGUUAAACAAAUGAAGAUCAUCCAUAAAAAUGGUUACAGUGAGCAAGAAUGCAUUGAAUUCAAGGCAGUAGUUUACAGCAAUACCUUGCAGUCCAUCCUAGCUAUUGUGAAAGCCAUGACUACCCUUGGAAUCGAUUAUGUAAAUCCAGGAAGUGCAGAAGACCAAGAACAACUUUAUGCAAUGGCAAAUACCCUGGAAGACGGUGGCAUGACACCUCAACUGGCUGAGGUAAUAAAACGACUGUGGAAAGAUCCAGGAAUUCAGGCCUGUUUUGAAAGGGCAUCUGAAUAUCAGCUCAACGAUUCAGCUGCUUACUACCUUAAUGAUUUAGAUAGAAUAACGGCACCGGGAUACGUGCCAAAUGAGCAAGACGUUCUACAUUCUCGAGUGAAAACAACUGGAAUCAUUGAAACUCAAUUCUCCUUUAAAGACUUGCACUUCAGAAUGUUUGAUGUAGGUGGACAGAGAUCAGAGAGAAAGAAAUGGAUUCAUUGCUUUGAAGGAGUCACAUGCAUUAUAUUUUGUGCCGCUCUCAGUGCCUAUGAUAUGGUCUUAGUGGAAGAUGAAGAAGUGAACAGAAUGCAUGAAAGCCUUCACCUAUUCAACAGUAUCUGUAAUCACAAGUAUUUUGCAACCACCUCCAUUGUCCUGUUCCUCAAUAAAAAAGAUCUCUUUCAAGAAAAAGUAACCAAGGUGCAUCUUAGCAUCUGCUUUCCAGAAUACACUGGGCCAAAUACAUUUGAAGAUGCAGGGAACUACAUCAAGAACCAAUUUCUAGACCUGAACUUAAAAAAAGAAGACAAGGAAAUUUAUGCCCACAUGACCUGUGCUACUGAUACUCAAAAUGUCAAGUUCGUGUUUGAUGCAGUUACAGAUAUAAUAAUCAAAGAGAAUCUGAAAGACUGUGGGCUUUUCUAACCAAUUGCUUUCUCUUCCACUCUUACUCAUGGUUAUUUUUCAAGAUAUAAAAGAAAAGGUGCUGUGUGACGUGUUUAGUUUGAAUAUAUAUGAUAUUAUCUAGUAAUGUAACUAGUAUUAUAAAGCAAAAAGUUUUCAUGCAGAAAUUUGAAUGUAUUUUCAUCCGGAUAGGAAUCAGUUUCUUUGGGACAUGGAGAACAGCGUGUCUUUGAUGUCCUUGUAUGUACAAACUGAUAUAUUUUGGUAACUGUAACCGUACACAUCAGUGACACUGAAUUUUCUUGGAAAUAAACUGC